ACAGAAAAACCAAUUUACAAGUUUCCCAGUCCAGUAGUAGUGCUUUGUAAGUUUUCCAGUCCCCCUUUCGGCUCCCUCCGUCGCACUUGGUCGACGAAGGAAAAAAAGGAGAAGAACCUUCACGGCUCCAGCCGAGCUUUUCCCAGUCUAUCUCUGCCUCGCAAUUUCGUUCUGUUCGCAAAGUCGCGACGUUCGACGAAGUUCAUUUCCAUCUCCCUGUGGACGCCGGAGAAGCGAAGCGAAGCGCUGGCAAUGGCGUCUUGUGGCAAGAAGCUCAUCAACGACCCCAAUGAUGUUGUGACAGAGUUUAUUGAGGGUCUUGUGGAGUCCUAUCCUGGGAUGCAAUAUCUGGAUGGUUUCCCAGAGGUCAAGGUUGUUUUACGUGCUGAUGUUGCUGGUGCCAAAAAUGACAAAGUUGCAAUCAUAUCAGGGGGUGGAAGCGGCCAUGAACCUGCUCAUGCUGGUUUUGUUGGAGAAGGGAUGCUCACUGCUGCUAUAUGUGGAGAUGUGUUUGCAUCACCACAAGUAGAUUCAAUCCUAGCUGGCAUUCGAGCUGUAACUGGUCCCAUGGGAUGUCUUCUAAUUGUCAAGAAUUAUACUGGUGACCGUCUGAAUUUUGGAUUGGCUGCUGAGCAGGCAAAAUCUGAAGGUUAUAAAGUAGAGUCUGUAAUAGUUGGAGAUGACUGUGCUUUACCUCCACCACGGGGCAUUGCUGGUAGAAGAGGUUUGGCAGGGACUAUUCUAGUACAUAAGGUUGCUGGUGCUGCUGCGGCUGCUGGACUUCCUCUUGAGGAUGUUGCUGAAGAAGCAAGGCAUGCAUCUGAAUUAGUUGGAACCAUGGGUGUCGCAUUGUCAGUGUGCACACUGCCAGGGCAAGUCACACCAGAUCGUCUAGGAUCCGGAAAAAUGGAACUUGGGCUUGGAAUUCAUGGCGAACCUGGUGCCGCAGUUGCCGACAUUCAGCCUGUUGCGGUUGUGGUCUCUCAUGUUCUUAAGCAAAUUCUCUCUGCGGAAACUAAUUACGUUCCAAUUACCCGGGGCAGUCGAGUGGUGCUCAUGGUCAAUGGAUUAGGUGCGACCCCUGCCAUGGAGCUAAUGAUUGCCGCUGGGAAAGCAGUCCCUCAACUGCAGCUUGAACAUGGAUUGGCUGUAGAAAGAGUGUAUACUGGGUCGUUUAUGACCUCGCUCGACAUGGCAGGAUUUUCAAUUACUAUAAUGAAGGCCGAUCAAGCUAUUCUGCAACGCCUCGACGCUGCAACUACUGCACCAUACUGGCCUGUUGGUGUAGAUGGCAAUCGUCCACCAGCAAAGAUACCUGUUCCACUUCCACAGUCUCCUUCGGCAAGAAGUGACGUGUCCUUGUGUCGGCCAGUUCAGCUGAGCAAACAAGGGAUCCUUCUCGAGGUGGCUAUUGAGGCAGCAGCAACUGCAGUUGUAAACCUUAAGGAUCCAUUGAAUGAAUGGGACAGCAAAGUAGGUGAUGGUGAUUGUGGAUCAACUAUGUACAGGGGCGCAACAGCAAUUCUUGAGGAUCUGAAGAAAUACUAUCCUCUAAACGAUGCUGCCGAAACAGUAAACGAAAUGGGAUCAUCUAUUAGCAGAGUUAUGGGUGGAACAAGUGGGAUAAUGUACACUAUACUUUGUAAGGCAGCGUAUGCAAGCUUGAAAGCAAAUGGACAGUCAGAUGUUACAUCAAAUCAUUGGGCUGAAGCGCUGGAAGCUUCAACUACUGCAGUGAGUAAAUACGGUGGUGCUAUUGCUGGUUUUCGGACAUUGCUGGAUGCUCUUAUUCCUGCCUCUCAAGCUUUGCAGCAGAGGUUAAAGGCCGGGGAUGAUCCUGUCACUGCCUUUGUUCUUUCUUCAGAAGCAGCCUUAGCUGGUGCUGAAUCAACCAAACUGAUGCAAGCACAGGCUGGGCGGUCGAGUUACGUGUCGCCUGAGAUAGUUGCAUCAGUUCCUGAUCCAGGAGCUAUGGCUGCAGCUGCCUGGUACAGGGCUGCAGCAUUGGCCGUCCGGAACACACUGGAGAGUUCCCUGCCUGCAGGUUCAUCUGCUCCGUGACCAACAGUUUAAUCUUUCUUACCUCUUUUACCUCCACUGUCUGGAUCGUUUACUAACUUUCUGCGAAUGAACCUUGUACACUCACACCUCCGGCUUCAUGCUUAAGCUCUCCGCUUCAUGUCUUUUUUUCCCCGCCAUGGAAAGCUGAGAGAGCGAGCGAUGCCCCCUCCCUCCCUUCUCUUUCCCCUUAGUUUGGUGCAUUGCUGAGUUUCAGACCUGGACUUGUAACUGUGAUCUGUAUGAUUGAAAUCCAAGGUAUCAUAUCCUAGCCUAUGCUUCUUUAAGUAUCUUCAUGUUUUUUCGGCUAUUUAGCAUUAUUCUGGAUGGUGGAAAAGUGGGUGAAUGAAAGGAUGGAGGUGGGUACUUUAUUGGGCAAUGGACGUGAGGUUAAAAGUGGGUGAAUGAGGGAUCAGAAUCGUGCAUCGCCAGAAAGAAAUAAUCUUUCAAAAUUAUGCUUGCAAUCAUUUCGAGCUA